AUGAAAGCUUUUUGCAGGAAGGACGAGGCUUUCAAAACGGCUCUUUGCGAUGCUUUCAAGAAGUUCGGUUUCUGCCCUUAUGGGGAUGCGUGUCGAUUUGCUCAUGGUGAUGGUGAACUUCGACUUCCCGCUCAGCCUCGAGGCAAAGCUCAUCCCAAAUACAAAACUCAACUCUGUGACAAGUUCUCCACAUUCGGGCACUGCCCAUACGGACCUCGUUGUCAAUUUAUACAUAAGUUGAAAAAGGUAAGAGCUCCCCAAAAGAAAGCAAACUUACCUGAAACCACAUUCAUUUUAAAGGGAUUGCCACUCAUACAGUACGAGCGACUUUUAGCCGCAGGUCAGAUCUCCGUGAGUUUUCAAAAAAAAUUGUUCUUCAAUGACCUUUCAUCUUAG